UAGUAUAAAAGAGUCAGCCGCUUGCUGCCAUGCCAAGCAGAAGCAAGCAGCCAGCAAGCAAGCCCAACACCAGCUCCCAGGUCCAAGGCAUCGCGAUCAUCUUCUAGCAGCAGCAGCAGGAGGAUGCGCGCCCCGGCGAGGCUCCUCCUCCACGCGGCUGCCACCGAGCAGCCGCCGCCACCAGCACCGGUGGUGGAUUCGGACAUGGUGGUCAUCCUGGCGUCCUUCCUCUGCGCGCUCGUCUGCGUCCUCGGGCUCGCUCUUGUCUCCCGCUGCGCCUACUGCCGCCUCCACUCCAGCUCCAGCGGGGAUAAUAAUAACGAACAGCUGCCCCCCAAGGCCAAGGGGCUCAAGAAGAAGGUCAUCGACGCGCUGCCCACCGUCGCCUUCGCCGCGCCGCCGUGCUCCGCCUCGGCCUCCGAGUGCGCCAUCUGCCUGGCCGAGUUCGCCGAGGGAGACGCCCUGCGCGUGCUCCCGCGCUGCGCCCACGCCUUCCACGCCGCCUGCGUCGACGCCUGGCUGCGGACGCGCGCAACCUGCCCAUCCUGCCGCGCCACCAUCCUCGAGUCCCGGCGGGAGCCGGCGGGCGCCUGCGGGAGGUGCGGCGGCCAGCAGCAGGUGGCAGCAGCAGGUGCUGGGGAUGGACACACCACCUUCCUGCCUUGACCGCUGCUCGCUCGUCUUGUCUCUUGCAGUUGCAUUGCAUCCCCUAGCCAGCCAGCCAACCAUUCUAGGAUCGAUCCAUGUAAAGUGCUACUACACUUGACGAUGACUAGGCUAGGCUAGGUAAUGUACAGAGCGAGGAAGUACUCUUAGGCUGUGUUUAGAUCCGUAAAAUAGUGGUAAAAAAGGCUACAUCGGACACUGUGGCUUACUGUAGCAUUUUUCGUUUGUUUGUGGUAAUUGUUGUCCUACCAUGAGCUAACUAGGCUCAAAAGAUUCGUCUCGUCGUGUA